GUCUCUCGCAGGAAUUUGCAAACGACAAACAUCGCCGCAUCCCGUGCCUCGUUAGGAUCUGUAACAUGUCACUUAAACGUGCCCAACGCUUUAUGCUCGAGGUUAUUCGAAAUAAGAAACAAAAAUGUGACAGUGAGGAAAUAUCCGAUGACAGCACAGCUGCAUGUGGACCAAACAAGCCAAUCCAGACGUUUGUAUUUCUCGACCUCGAAGCCACUGGUCUGCCCGAGUCUGAUGGUACGCUUCCUGACAUCACAGAACUCGCCAUGACAGCCAUCGCGAGACAAGGCAUGACUGGCAAUUCCGUGAAAGGUGCAAUUCCCAGAAUCCAAGAUAAACUACUUCUUUGUCUGACCCCACAAAAAGACGUCACCCCGACAGCGGAAAAGAUGACGGGGCUGAGCAAACAACUGCUGGAGAAACACUGCAAAAGAAAAAUGGACUUGAACGUAGAUGGCGCAUUGAGGUAUUUUCUGCGAAGACAGACACCCCCAGUAUGCCUUGUUUCACAUGCUGGGGACCGUUUCGACUUUCCCGUAUUGCGAGCAGAGUUGGAUAAAGUCGACAGUGUGUGGGACUGCAUCUACACUAUUGAUAGCUUAAAGUUUUUUCAGUAUUACAUGCCAAAACAAAACCGAUCGUUGCCAAACCUUUGUAAGAGAUUUCUUGGUUUUGAGACCGACCACAAUGCAGAAGGUGACGUAACCGGCCUUGUCUUGCUGUUAUCGUCUUGCACGUUCGCCGAUACUUUUUUGGAUUGGGCUCAAGAAAAUGCUAUUAAAUUUUAG